UGCAGGUGUUAAAGGAGGAGGAGAAACAGGGAGGUCAGAAAUUAAGAAACUAGCUUUGCUGCUUGGAAACAACCCAAUGUCAAAAUACAGUUUCACUCCACAGAGUUCGGCCCUGAAGGUAAUUUGGCAACGCGGCUUUCUCCACCUCACCCCCCACAACCACCACGGUUUAUAUUAUUGCUACAUUACGGCGUCAUUUGCCUCACCGAUGAAGUUAACAGCCUUCACCUCAUCCCCUCACAACCUCCCUGGCCCAAUCCAGGAUGAGGAGCAGCGCCGCUUCAACCCCACUCCUGUCAAGGCUGAAUCCAUUCAACAGACUGCAAGUAAUAUUACAACAUUUGAAGAUGUCUAAAAGUACUGAUUCAACAGCUGACGUGUUGUUGGAAAAGAGAGGAGGUGCAGGAAUAAUAACUUUGAAUAGACCCAAGGUUCUCAAUGCACUAAGUUUUCCAAUGAUCCAACAAAUUUAUCCACAAAUAAAGACUUGGGAGCAAGAUCCUGAAACUUUUCUAAUAAUUAUAAAGGGAACUGGAGGAAAAGCUUUUUGUGCUGGGGGUGACAUCAUAGCUAUCUCAGAUGCUGGAAAAGUUGGAGAUAGACUGACACAAGAUUUCUUCAGAGAAGAAUAUAUCCUGAACAAUGCCAUUGGCACUUGCAAGAAGCCGUAUGUGGCACUUAUUGAUGGCAUUACAAUGGGAGGGGGAGUUGGCCUCUCAGUCCAUGGACAUUUCCGAGUUGCUACGGAAAGGACACUUUUUGCAAUGCCAGAAACAGCAAUAGGCCUCUUUCCUGAUGUAGGUGGAGGGUAUUUCUUGCCAAGACUACCUGGAAAGAUUGGCUGCUUCCUUGCACUAACAGGAUUUAGGCUGAAAGGAAGAGAUGUACUAAAAGCUGGUGUCGCUACACAUUUUGUAGAAUCUGAAAAGCUACCUGCCUUAGAGAAAGACCUGAUAGCACUGAAAUCUCCUUCGACAGAAAAUAUUGCAGACUUAUUGAACUCUUACCAUAUGAAGAGCAAAGUUGAUCAAGAAAAGGAGUUUGUACUUGAACAACAUAUGGAGAAGAUUAACAGUCUUUUUUCAGCAAAUAGUAUGGAAGAAAUUGUUAAAAAAUUAAAGCAAGAUGGUUCUCCUUUUGCCAUUAAGCAGCUAGAGACUAUUAAUAAGAUGUCGCCUACAUCCUUAAAGAUAACUCUCAGGCAGCUCAAAGAAGGAGCUUCCAUGAGCUUACAAGAGGUACUCACAAUGGAAUACAGACUGACCCAAGCAUGCAUGAGAGGCCAUGACUUCUAUGAAGGGGUUCGAGCAGUGCUGAUUGACAAAGACCAAUCCCCAAGAUGGAAGCCAGCUGCUCUAGAAGAAGUCAGUGAUGAAUUUGUGGACGCUUGUUUUAAGCCAUUGGGAAACAACGAUCUCAAGUUGUAAAGUUUAAGCCUAUUGACAUCUUAAAUAUCUUCUUAAUUCUAUGUUAUAAAAAUUAAUAGUAGUGUGAUAAAGUUUGACAAGACUCUGUUAGCUAGUGUGAGAUUUGUAAGUCUAUUUUUUUGCCUUCAGGAACAUUUUUGUUAUGCUGCCAUAAUGGCAAAAUAAUAUUUCUGGUUAAUAGGGAUGAAAAUCACUUCAAUACAAGUUGUUAAUUCUGCUGCUUUACACAAUAUUUAACAUUUAAUUUUUUGCAUCAACUCGUAGGUUAGGGGGAGAGGGCAUAGUUAAGGGAUGACCUAAGAAGUAAGGAGACCUUUGUGUUCUUGGCUCUGACACUGAUCUGUUAAAUUGGGAUUGUGCCUCAGAUUCUUCUCUAUACAAUGAAAAUACAAUAUACUUAAAGCUUUGAAACAAUCAGAGCUACAAAGCAAAAUGUAAGACAUCCUAAAUCCAUGGUGUUAAGUAGUCUUUUAAAUAAAAGGUCAGACUGGCACAUUAGUCUGAGAGCAAGAAAUUGUUCUAUUGAUUUAACAUUUGGUCAGUAUUCAGCCUUGCUCUGUGAUGCAGACAUUGUUUCAGAUGACAUAAUAUUGCCAGAGCCUAGAGCACACUUCUGUCUGCUUGUAAAACUGAUUUUUUUAAAAAUGCCAUUAUGUUUGAUUGAACUGCAUAAUUAGUUUUUCAGUAUUUCAGAAAGUGCUAUUUUUUUCUGGUCUUACAGUGGUGAAGAAAUAACUGUCUCAGACUCUGAACACUAAGCAGCACGUUUCCUGUUGAUAUUUGUGACUGUCUAAUGAUUUCAGGGGUAGAGGUCAGCCUAGUCCUAAUACUACAAGUGGCUGGAGUUUCUCUAUACCAACAAGUCUGGGUUCCCAUUUGUUUGUGCCCAUGAAUAUCCUGUCUGCUGGGUGGAAAAUUUGCGAAAAGUAGAGGGAACACAGCAGUAUGUGCUGAAGAUAACAAAUGGGAAAACUUGUAUCUGCUGCUGCAUGGAUCAUAUAGUUUUUGAACACAACAUAUCCGAACAAACAUAUUUGUUGGGAUCAGAGUUUAAAUAUACAUCAAAGACCCUUCACUGUAUGUACAUUAAAGGUUGCUCAGUUCUGAUACUAAUACUUUGAAGUUAUAUGACAUAACCAGAGCCCCUUGAUAAAAGUAUAUUCUUUGGGGGGGGGGUAAAAUUAAUUUUUCUAACUGUGUAUGCAACACGUAGCUACUAAUCUUCAACAUUAAGACUGCGUGCUCUUUUAUGGUUAAUCAAAUCAUGUAUCAGUAUCUCUUCCUACUUGUUUCUACAAUUAUAGGCAGGUCACAAAUACAGAUUUUGGCUUCUCUGAAGAUGAACCACUGAGACUAAAGAAAACUUUUGUUCAAAUAACACAGUCGGUAAUCAGCACUGGGGAAUCCAAAAGUCAGUGCUACAGAAGAAUUGUUACGGAGUUUCCAACAUUGGGCCAUUUUUAUUGCCAACAAUAAUGGUCUACACCGGUUUACGGCUCCUUCCUUCCUAGAAGCUAUUGCCUGGAAACAAAGUCCAGGAAAUUCAGGCAUCAAGGUGAACUACUAGGGUGACUUUCAAAGAACUACAGGUGAGCAAAAUAGAGAGCAAAAUCAAGAAAAGAUGGCACCUUGCUUUGUCUUUAAGAAUCUUUAAGAUAAAAUUGUCAAAAUUUCAGUUGCAACUUAAUGCUACCAUGUACAUAUUUGUUAUGAGACAGUCCUUGAGUUUAUUUUCAAAAGUAGUUGAGAAAUUUAAUUUAAUACCUUUAGGGUAAUUCUGAAAAUAUGACUUGAAUUUCUACCUCAUGCUGGUUCUGUAAGAAAUAUAAACCUCUCCCUUUUAUUUUUAUUUUUUUUAUAAGUUUUAGAUUAUCAAACAAUGCCUAUUUUUAUUUUUUUAAAAUUGGUUCAUUCCAUUAUUUUUGUACAAAAGGAGCAAUUUUCAGUGACUACAUUUAAUGAAAAACACAGUAAUCCCCAGGGAGUAGGGAUCAUACCUUCUGUGAUUGAAAACGACUUCCAACAUUUUAGCAAGAGUAUACUUUUGAAUCAAUAAACUUUAACUUGCAUGUUCAGUUGCUUCCAAAAUUUAUGUGAACAGGAAUUACCCUAAACUCACGGUAACAAGAUUCUGUCCAAUCUGUGCAUUUUUCUCAAAUAAAAGUCAUACAGACAGAUGGCAAAUUUAAUUUUAUUUGGUCCACAAGAAAAUAUUUUCCACAAAAAAUAUUGUAAAAAUAUAUUGUAGUGUGUUUUAUUUGGGAAUACUGGUCUUACUCCAGAAAUGUCAAUUUUACAAAGUUGUGCUGCAGUUAAUGUGUUUUGAACCAUUAGCAGAAUACCAAGUCCGUCACAUUGUACCCACUCAGACUAUGCUUACAUUUCCUGGAGAAAAAUAAAACAAAUGUAUUUUUAACUCCUAAAUAGAAGUAAAUGGUUUUGCAGAGUACGCCAGUCCCAUACUGGAGUGCCUUUUACGCAGAAUCAAGUCAAAGAAUCAGUGGCAACUUCACUGGAAAGCCACUGUAAGUGGUUUAUACAGCUUAGAGUAAUCUAAUUGUAAGUAAACAUAUGCAAUUGUAUUUAGGUAAAGAAGUCUUUAUUAUGUGCUAGUAUUAUGCCUAUUAAAAAUACAGUAGAACUCUGGAAAGAGAUCUCCUCCGAUCUCAACAGAUUGUAGGAUUGAACAGUUUUGUUUUGUUUUUUUAUUAAGUGCAUUAUUUAUUAAAGACAGCAUCUUGUAAAAGAUUAUUUUCCUGGUGAGAAGCUGUCUCCCUGUUUGUCAGCUUGUUUGCUUUCCAUUUGCUGUAUGCAUUCCCUGAAGUGUUAGUGUCAUAGACAGCAUCAUCAGCCAGCCAGAAUUGCACUUCAGGCCCUACUGAAGCCCCUGUAAUCUUCAAGCGUGAGUGAGGGAAGCCAGGCUUUGUGGUUGCAGGUGAGGGACCUGGUGGAGGUAGCAAGCAGCAGGCGGUGCAGUCGGUGUUGGGUUACGGGUGGCUCUCAGAGCAAGCAUUCCACACAGAAGCUCAUGGUGAGGCAUGUUUCAUUAUACCUAGGUAACUUGCUCCUUUGGGGAAAUUUUCCAUAUUUAUCAGUGCAGAUGCUAUGAUGUAACUUUAGGCUAUUUUGUAUUAUAUUAUUUUAUAAUUCUGCCUGCUGUUGGACCAUGCAGUGGCAGCCUGCCAAUGGAGAAGCUGCUUUCAAAAGUGCAUCUGAUACUGACUCCAGAAGAGCGUCAGGUGCUCUGGCUACAUCCAAAGAAAGGAUUUGAGACACUGCAAUAGCAAUUGUUGCAACACCCAGUUCCCCAUGGCAGCCACCAAGGUAUUCAUACAAGGGUCAAGACAAACAGAAAACUGCACUCACUUGAAGAGUCCAUAUUCCCCUAUCCAGCAAGUAAUGUCUAUGGAGUUUGGGUUUGUUUUUUUUUUCUUGUCCCCCCCCUUUUAAUUACUGUCUUUAGCAGUGUUAACAUUCUGGAGUCAAGACAAAUGUUACAGAAACAUUGGCCCUUUUUGUAAUAAAGCUUUAUUUUAGUUAUUAUUAUAAGAGGAAUAAUUUUAAAUACUCUGGUUAAGCAAUAUCCAAACUGAUCUGAUCAGUGUUUUGGUUUUGCUUUUUAAUUCACCCUAGUAUAAGGCGUGGAGUUUUUUUAGAUGGAGCAAACAUAGGGUAUGAUCUAAUGUUUUACAAGCCUUAGAGCUUCAAGGAGCAUCACUGCUAGCAGUAGACUUCAAAGGGGCCAUAAUACCUUAGUCCCACUUUACAUAUGGCUUCAAAGAAGACUACAUUACUUCAAACAAAAAGACAUUACAACAUAAGCAGAUUUUGUUCCCUUUUUCAUCAAAAGCCUGAGAACAGUCUUAAUAGCAGGGUCUAGUCUGGUCACUGUGAACUAUGGCUGUCUUGUGCUGUGUUACAAAGAACUUUUCACUGUUGGCUUGAUAAAACCACUUCCCCAUAAAGGUGAAUUUCAAAUAACUAUGUUUGUGUCACAAAGUCUGCAUAACAGCUCAAUUCAUAGACUGUCUUAUGGCUGAGAAUAAGAUGAAAAUAACAAUUUACAUAGUCUUCUUUCUGCUUGCCUCCCAUUACUUGAAAAAUCAUGUUUUAUAUAAUUUCCUAGAGCUACAUCUACCUUUUAAAAGUAGUAACAGUUUUUGCCAGUAUGGAAAGCAUUUUUCUAUAAAACGGAAACAUAAAACAGAGAGCACUUUGAUCUAAGCAAAAACCUGUGUCUUUUAAACUGGCCAUAACAGAAAAAGGAACAAACAGGUGCUAAAACCCCAAGCUUUUACAAGGUAUUCACUUUAUACAAAGUGCCAGCAUUGUAGCUUUCAUAUGACUAUGAUUAAUUUAUCCCUUUCUUGGUAUCUCAAAUGCUAGUUAUGAGUACAGUAGGUCAGGCUGCAAGUCCUGGAGAAGCAGGGUGCAGUGUGUGGAUGCAAGCUAGAUACAAGUGGGUAAAGAACGUAGCCCUUUAGCUCUGGGCCUAAGGCUUUUUCACUAAUUCAGUGCAGUGCUCAGGCUUUAGGUUUCUGUAGCUCACGUUUGCAUCGCCAUACAAGAUUUUACCAAUGGGUAAGUCAUAAGCCUACAGAAGCUGAAGGAAGGCGUCAAGGGUGUUACUUAGAGAAUGAAAUUUUAGUGUAAUGCAGCCAUAGUUCCCAUGAAACAAAUAGUCCUAAAACAGUGUUACACCUUUGGAAGUUUGUUCCACUAGUUAGCAUCAGUAGUUUCUGCAUACCUACCUAGGUUACAGUAAAAAAAAAAUUAAACAAACCUCUCCAAAACCAGCACCCGAACACAA